AUGGCCGACUCCGAGGGGGAAAUCGAAGAUGAUGCACGAUUGCUCGAAAGCGAUGAGGCCACACAUGCACAAGAAAGUUCUUCUGGCGAUCGGCACGAGAGUCAAUCCAAUAUGGAGGAGAAGUUCGAGGAGCUAUCGGGCAACAUUAAAGAUGGUUUUUCUUCGCUUGGCGAAUUGUUGACAGAUCUGAUGCAACAAAAAUCACGAGGCAAGCGCCCCCGCCAAAAAUCAAGGUCUUCCUCGGCGGCCUCGGCUGACGGUGACCAAACAACCAGCCCUAAACGGGCAAGGCUCGAGGAUGAACAGAACGACGACGUAGCUGUGUUGCUUGGCGAGUCCCAGCCCCAGGGGGAAGACUCGGGCAAUGACAAUGAAAAAGAGUUUGGCGCAAUUUUGGACAGUGUUGUCCAAGAGCUGGACGAAGAACAGUUGGGGCCUGCU